CCAGCCCAGCUCCAAAGACGAGAGGCACUGAUUCAAUCACGGAAUCGCAACAAGCUACAAAUGAAGUCUGGAAGGACCCGAGACGGAAUUUAUUAAAAUCUAACUCCCGUCUACAACCCACACACGUACACACGCGCCCACAACUCCCCGUCCUUAGGCACUCACUCCGGUUUCUUCAACCCUUCCAAGUUUCACCGGCGAAGAUCUCAAGCUCCCCAGUCACCAUGUUGGCCGGCCUCUCCCCACACCUCUCCAACCUCCGGCGGAGCCUCACGCAGGUGCUCAACUUCGCCCUCGUGCUCUCCACCGCCUUUAUGAUGUGGAAGGGCCUCUCGAUCUACACCAACUCCUCGUCGCCCAUCGUCGUGGUGCUCUCCGGUAGCAUGGAGCCCGCGUUCCAGAGAGGUGACUUGCUGUUCCUGUGGAAUCGGAGCCCGCGGGCGGAGGUGGGGGAGAUCGUGGUGUAUAAUGUGAGGGGAAAGGAUAUUCCGAUUGUGCAUCGGGUCGUGAGGGCGUUUGGGGACGAUGAGAAGAGUCCGAAGGAGACGAACGGACAGAAGAAGAAGAAGGUGAUGAGCUCGGUCAAGAAGGACAGUAUUGCGGCUGGGGCUCUUCACUCAGAUUCGGCGCUCGUUUCUCAUAGGAUUCUCACCAAGGGCGACAAUAAUAUUGCUGAUGAUACGGAGCUAUAUGCUCAAGGGCAGGAUUAUCUCGACCGGAAACUGGACUUGGUGGGCAGUGUACGCGGGUAUAUUCCCGCAGUUGGAUAUGUGACGAUUAUGCUGAGCGAGCAUCCAUGGCUGAAGACCGUGUUACUGGGGAUUAUGGGCGCGAUGGUCAUUUUACAGCGAGAAUAGUUUUAUUAGGAUACUGAGAUACCUAUUGUGCAUGGCUUCAAUGG